AUGCCUAAUUCUUGUUAUUACCCAGAAGAUGUUUUUCUGGAGAUUUUUGUUCGUCUUCCUUUCAAGUCGAUAUGCAAGUUCAGAUGUGGUGGUAGCAGUACCCUAUGGACACUCAUUAGCAGAUAUUGGUUUAAGAGUUCCGAGUACAAAUUUGAUGGUGCCGUUGAUAAGAUGUCAUUCGUUUCAACUUCAUCUACUCAACUUCAUCAUGAAAUCAUAUCUAGUAAAGAUGAGUUUUCUUGUAACUUCCCUUUAGAUUCGAGCAUGCUCAAUAAACAAGAAGAAAGGUGCACAUACCUAUUAGCUUCAAGUAACGGUUUAGUUCUUUGUUCAUCUAAUGAAUACGGCCCUAGAUAUUAUUUCAUAUGCAAUCCAUUCACUAGACAAUGUGUCUCACUCCUACCUCGAUCAGUUUAUGGAUGUGCGGGCAUUACUGGUUUUGUUUUUGAAUCUUCUACCGGAACUUAUAAAGUAAUUCACAUCCCAUAUUGUUAUAAAUAUGGAAAUCUUAAUCUCAAUAUUUUCUCAUCUGAUACUAGUGAAUGGAGUACUCGUGAAGUUACAUGCUCUGAUCACCAAGCUGAAUUGCAUAUACACUCUUGCUUGCAAAUAGUUCACCAUAGUGGAACGUGGUAUUGGGUAGAUGGUGGAGGAAAUUACAUUAUAGCUUAUAACGACUACCACAACAAUGGUAGUGAAUGUAGGUUGCUUAACUUGCCCGAGGGGGUAGUAGGGUUGGUUUUUCGCAACACUGCCUUGGGGAAUCAAAAGGGCUUCUUUGCUAUGGACAAAUUGAGAAUGCACGGCAAGGAAGCACUAUCGCUUCUAAUAUAUUUUUAUUUAUUUAUCUCAUAUAUUAUCAAAUGA